AUCUUACGUUUGUUGUGCCACAUGACAAAAUGUCAUUGGCUUCAGAGUAGUAAUAUGAAAGGAAAAAUAGAAUAGUGGCCUUCUUCAAUUCACUCAUCUUAUCUAUAAGCCAUGGGACAGAUUCUUGAAAAAAUCCAAGGCAAGCAAUGGAGAGAGAAACAGAUACGGAAGAUAACAGAUAAAGUGUUUUAUCGUUUCAAAAAUGAAACGGGAAAAUCUAAUCUCAAGUUUGAAGACCUUUACAUUGCUGUUCUACUUGUCUACAAUGAUAUCAACAAGCUUUUGCCUGGUCCUCACUUUGAUCCUCCUUCUAAAGAAGAAAUUAGAGCCUUGAUGCAGGAAUGUGACAUGAAUCUUGAUGGUGAACUAGAUCAUGAAGAAUUUGUCAAAUUUGUGAAAAGAUUAACUAAGGAUACCUUCAUCAUUGUCAGUCAGGGACUGAUUAUUACCUUAGCAGUGGCACCAACGGUUGCUCUUCUAACAAAGAGGACAACAGAAGGAGUCCCUGGUGUUGGAAAAGUAGUGCAGAAAAUACCAAAUGCUGUUUAUGCCUCCCUGGUUACCCUCACAAUUGUAAUGUUUCAGAAAGCAGCUGAGGCUAAGGAAAUCUGAAAUUUGUUUUGCUUACAGAACCAAAUUUCUUCUUAUGUGUAUAAGAUAACAGACAUCUGCUACACUUUCUAGUUGAUCUUUGAGCAACUCA